AUGCUGUUGCGACCCGCUGCUCGACGUCUUGGACGAGUCUGCGGUCCAUGUGCUCCGUCUGGCCGCACGCUCGACGCGUUCUCUCAUCUGCCGUAUGCUCUGCUGCGCUCUACACAGACUGCUGCAGUACCGGGUGCUUCUUCUGCUCUAGUUCCAGCUGUUGAUGCAGCCAGUCAGAGUAAACUCAAGCGUCGCAAGAGUAAACUGGUCAAGAAGAAAGUCGUACCGACCGCUGUUGUUGAUAAACCUGUACCGAAUGCUGUUGCUGCUGAAGCUGAUGCUGCAGUAGAUAAGGUGAACGCAGUUGAUGCAGCAGCUGCAGACAAGCCGCUGUCGUUUCCGAGGAAGAAGCUCAAGUCAAAGCAGAAGCAUCGAAAAAAGGCUCCCGUGUCCCAGAAGCACAUGGAAGAGGACAUGCUGGCAAAGGCUGUGGAACAAGAUACCAAGACUGAUGCAGUGGCAGCUGUUAGUGUAGCCACUGUGGAUACAAAAGCGCUGACGAGCAGACCAAACAAUGUACAAGCUCGAGACAAAGCUGGUGGAGCGGGAACGGCUGAGACGGCAGAAAAGGCGCUGGUGGUCGAGCCACUGCCGCUGAAAGAUGUCAAGACCGAGCAAAUUACACUGACGCUACAGGAGAUUGCAGCGUUGCAGAAGACGCUACCAAGUGAGAUGGAGGUCGCGUCGCUGAUCACGAAGCUACGUCGAGUGUCGUUUGACAGCGCGCACGAGCUGUUUGAUUUGUACCGCAACUUUGGCAACCCAUACUUGGACGAGAACUUUCUGACGCCAGGCGUCCUGGCAUGCUGCGAGGCUAGGAAACCAGCUGAGGGUCUUCGCAUCGUUCGUGCGAUGCUCAAUCAAGGACGCAAAGUAGAAGAGUCAACAUUGCGUACAUUACUGACUGCCUGUGAUGAAGCGUCUGCUGCUGCAGAAACAAUCGAGCUUUGGGGUCUGAUGGAAAGAGCUGGGAUAAAGCUGGACUUGGCAGACUACAACCGUUUCUUGGACAUUUGCUACCGCGAGGAGUAUCUGGAUGGUGCUAUCAAGGUGCUGAAGCAGCUUCGUCUGCUGCGACCGAUUUCCGUGCACAUGUACAUGCACUGGCUACUGCGUGCGUCAAUUGUUUGGCGUUCGGACGCCUUUUUUGAUAUUUUGAUGGAGAUGCGUCUGUCGGAAGUCGAGCCGGAGAUUAUGUCGCUCACGUCACUCGAGUCAGGCCGUAAGGACCGUGCAUUGACAGUGAUGGAAGGAGUGCGUGCUGUCGGACUAGACCCGUGCUUUGCCAUGUCGUCCGUCUACUCGUCCAUGCAGUCGUCCGUGUACCGCAAUGGACCGAGUUACAUGGCACUGACGAAGAAUGACAUUCGAAAUGCACGGAAAAAGUUUGGUGACCUGGUGCCAAUCGAGCAAGAUUGGCCUGUGACUCCGAUCCCACAGGUGUUGGAGACGCAAGCCGCAGGACUGAUUCUCCAGCAAGAAACGUUUCGCCGUCUCAAGCGACAGCAAGUGAACCACAUUGACGAACUACUGCAGAUGCUGCCUAUCACUACCAACAUGACGAUCAACUUGCGCAAACAGCUGUUGCGCAUGUCGUUAUUGGUCAAUACGCAUCGAGUGCGUCGUGAUAGAGUUGCUAUUUGCAAGGAAUACGAUAGCGGCCGCAGCCUCAUUGAGCUGUCGACGGUACAUAACUACCCGCCAGUGUCGCUCAUGCGAGUCAUUCUUCGAGCUAAAGGCAAGAGCCAGGUGGAGAUUAAGAAUGCGCUGGCACGACCUAGCGAGAACCUGUCCAAGCGUGAUCAGCACGAAUUGCGCAAAGCUAUUGAAUACGACAGUAUCCACAAGAGCGAUCCGUUCAUUGGUGUACCCAAGUACAAUGCCGACUCGCUCGAAAGGGCGGUGGAGCACUUUCUCAAAGCCAAGGGAAUUCGGCUCAAAACCCAGAGCGAGUUAUGUGCAGACCAAAUUGCGCGUCACGGCCGCCGCGUCAUUUCUCCGGAUAUUUUGCUAUUGGACCCUGUGGUCAUAAAUGGCGUGCCGAUCCGGUGGAUCGAUGCAAAAAACUACUACGGCGCGCACAUUGUGAGUAAGCGGCUGAUCUCGACGCAGCUUUCAAAUUACGUGAAGGAAUGGGGUCCCGGUGCCAUUGUGUUUGGAAUGGGCUACAGCGACAUGUUUUCGUUGCCAGGCGUUGUCUGUCUGGACACGACGCCGUUCCCCAAGACGCGCCGAGAAGCGGCAAAGGUCCGGAUCAAGUCGUUUCUGUACUCGUGUAUCAACGUGUUUCGCUGGAAAAAGCACUUGGGCAGCGACUUGACACAGAAAUAUGCGGCACUGGACGACGGCAGUGCGUCCUGA